AUGCUGAGGGCGCAUGCGUGGCAGGCAAGCAGACCGGCCGACCUCUUUGAUAUUGCUAGGCUAAAAUUACAGCAGCGACGCCCAUUUGUGUGCACAGUAUGCCGACAUGGCCGCUCUGUCGCCCAAAUUAUACCAAGCACAGCAAAGGGUGUGGGCAUUUCCAAAGGUGUCGCAUCGCCACAUACCACAAGAUUGGUGAGCACACGGCUCUUUUCGACCUCGACCCCUCACAGAAAUGACGCCAAACCGGCCUUUCCCGGCGCUUUUGCCGGCGCCGCUGGUAAAUUCGGCGCUUUCGCAUCCAAAGCGAAGCCCGCUGCAACGUCGGGGCUACUUCCACACGAACUUGCAGCGCGCAAAACAGCCACAGUAGAGUCAGCAAAAUCUACUACAUCAACUAGCAAUACCGGACAAGCGAGAUCUCGGCCAGCCCAAAAAUCUCGGUUCGCAGACGCCGCCAGAGACGAAAGGACAUCAAAAUCCAAGUCUGUCCUUGCCGACAUCUUUCGAUCCGACCGCCAGCCGCAAGAUCCGGUCACCGCGACUUCUUGGUCCCCCAAGAAUCGAAAAGGGCACGGAAACGACGCCAGCAAAAAACAUGGCGACUCCAAUAUCUGGGAUGAGCUCACAAAAAAGAAGAAAGACCCUGUGGCGCAUGGUAAAGGGGCCUCAAAGUCAAGGCUGCUGAAGACGGCUUCAGGAAAGAACUCUGAAGAUUCGUGGGCCGACUUGGACACCCAAGAGUCACCGGAAGCGCAGGCCAGUCGGAAUGCGCAAAGGCGACAAAUAUCCAAGAAGACGCACAGUCACCCAUCGCACGUCGGUGACGACCUGGAUCCCAAUGGUAUUUUGACGGACUCGACAAAUCCGAAAAAGUUGAAGUUUAACGAGGCGUUACCGAGCAAGGACGGUAAAAAAUCAAAAAAACCAAAGCGCCAGGGAGGCAGCCGAAUCAACGCUGAAGAGGAUUGGGAAGACGACGCUGAUUAUUGGGAGGACCUUCAACAGCGUAAAAAAUCAAAGGAAGCACGCAAAGCCGCAAAAGCCAAGACACCUGAUGCGUUACCCAUCUUUCUUCCAGAGUACAUCAGUGCCACUGACCUGGCACAAUCUCUGAAACAGCCUAUAUCUCAGUUCAUGGCCGACAUGGAGGAGAUGGGCUUUGAAAACGUUACAGGCGACACCGUCAUGACCGGUGAGACGGCUGCACUUGUUGCUAUGGAGUAUGGCUUCGAACCUACAGUCGACAACGGUUCUCGGCGAGACUUGCAGCCGGCGCCAGCCCCCGAAGAUGUGUCUUCUUUGCCUUCGCGACCUCCUGUUGUGACCAUCAUGGGCCAUGUCGACCACGGCAAGACGACCCUGCUCGACUAUCUGCGCAAGUCCUCCGUGGCUGCGCAAGAGCACGGCGGUAUCACACAGCACAUCGGUGCAUUUAUUGUCAGCAUGUCCAAUAGCAAGCAAAUCACAUUUCUCGACACACCGGGCCACGCGGCCUUCUUGUCUAUGCGUCAGCGUGGCGCCAAUGUCACUGACAUUGUCGUUCUCGUGGUGGCGGCCGACGACAGCGUCAAGCCGCAAACUCUCGAGGCCCUCAAGCACGCAAGAGCAUCCAAGGUGCCUAUUAUCGUGGCCAUUAACAAGGUUGACAAGGAAGACGCUCGCAUUGAUCAAGUCAAGGCCGACUUGUCGCGCCACGGUGUCGAGAUUGAAGACUAUGGCGGUGACGUGCAGGUUGUAUGCGUCAGCGGCAAAACCGGCCAGGGUAUGAACGAGCUCGAGGAAAACAUCAUCACACUAUCAGAGGUUCUCGAUGUCCGUGCCGAACCCGAUGGCAUGGCAGACGGCUGGAUUCUAGAGUCUAGUGUCAAGGCAAACGGCAAAGCCGCCACGGUCCUCGUCAAGCGCGGCACCCUGCGUGUGGGUGAUCACAUCGUCGCGGGCAAGACAUGGGCGCGCAUCCGUCUGCUGCGCAAUGAAGCCGGCGCGGAAAUCUCCGAAGCUCCCCCCGGCACCCCCGUCGAGAUUUUCGGCUGGCGCGAGUUGCCAGCGGCGGGUGAAAUGGUGCUGCAAGCGCCCGACGAGGGCAAGGCUAAGACGGCCGUCGAAUACCGUGUGGAGAUGGCGGACCGCGAGGCCAACUCAGCCAACAUUGCGGAGCAGGAGCAGCGGCAGCGCGAAAAGGCGGCCGCCGACGCCCUGGCUGCUGAGCGCGCCGGCCUUGGUGACGAUGCGGACGGAGACGCGCGGCCCGCGGAACCCGGCGUGAUGACGCAGAGUUUCAUCGUCAAGGCCGAUGUGGCGGGCUCCGUUGAGGCCGUUGUCGGCAGCAUCCUGGAGCAGGGCAACCACGAGGUGCGCUCCAAAGUGCUGCGGUCAUCAGCGGGCCAGGUCACUGAGUACGACGUGGACCUGGCGGCGGCGUCGGGUAGUCUCAUUGUCAACUUCAACACGGCGGUACCGCCGCACAUCAAGCAGCGCGCCGACGACGCAGGCGUGCGCAUCAUGGACCACACCGUUAUCUACCACGUCGUCGACGACGUGCGCGCCGCGCUCGGUGACCUCCUCCCUCCUCUCGUCACGCAGCGCGUGCACGCCGAGGCCGACAUUUUGCAGGUGUUUUCCAUCAACGUCACGCGUCGCGUGGUGCGCAACAUUGCGGGGUGUAAAGUGCGUAAUGGCUCGCUGAAGAAGGGCAGCAAGGUCAAGGUCCUGCGCAAGGGUGAGGUUAUCUACGAUGGUACGAUUGACACAAUCAAGCACGGCAAAAAGGAUGUGCAGGAGAUGGGCAAGGGCACAGAGUGCGGCAUCGGUCUGGACGGCUUUGAAGAGUUUCAAGAGGAUGACCAGCUACAGACGUACGAAGUCCUCUCGGAGAAGCGCCAGUUGUAG